AUGAAGUCCUUCACCCCUCUCAUCUUCGCCGCCGUCGCGAUGGCCCAGACCACAACCAUUGGAGUUACCGGUUCCGCCAGUUUGACCACCUCCAGCUUUUCCUCUACCUCCAGCUUUGCCACGCUUUCCAACUGUGUUAUCGAUGCCGGCUCGCAGGGCACCUUCACGUUGCCCACGGGUCAGUGCACGGUGACGUCGAGCACUGAUUCGUCCUCCAGCACCAGCACCACGUCCACUUUGAACGAUGUACCGCCCACCACCCAGAUUACUGGUCAAGCCACUACUACCCAGGCUGACGGCACCGCUGGAGGUGCUUCGGAUCCCCAGGCCACGUCACCAGUUGAGGCUGGCGCUGCCGCUUUGGGCGUUAACGGUCUGUUGGCCUUGGCCGGUGUUGCUAUUGUUUACGCCCUGUGA